AUGGCCCUUCAGCUUUCAAGAUUCCUCAUAUUCUUCCUUUACAUUCUAGCUCAUAUCGCUAGAUCACCUGCAACUUCACCCAAUAGCACCUUUCUCUUCAAUAGCUUCCGCCAGUCAGACCUUAACUUGUCUGGCUCUGCAACUGUUACUAGGACUAGGGCUCUUCAAAUGACUAACGGUCAACAUUCCAUGGAACCAGGCAUCAAAGGCAAUGCAUUCUUCACUGCCAGUCUACAGUUUAAGAAGCCUACCGCUUCCAAGAGAACCAAAUCAUUCAGUACUCGUUUUGUGUUCACAAUUGUCUCCAAAGCCCAUCAAUCAGGUGGCCAUGGCUUCGCAUUCAUCGUUGCGCCGUCCCCCAACUUCUCCAACGCCAUGGGAGGUCGCUUCUUUGGCCUCUUCAGCAUCAGGAACAAUGGAAACACAAGGAAUCAAAUAUUUGUAGUUGAAUUCGACAUAGUUCAACAAACAAAUUUGCAUGAUAUAGAUGAAAGCCAUGUGGGUGUCGACAUCAAUGGUGUGAACCCCAGUGCCUCCGAACCGGCUGCUUACUAUACAGGGAAUCGCAAAAAAGAACAGGGGGUCCUAGACAGCCAGACACCCAUUCAAGCAUGGAUAGAAUAUGAUGGGCCGAUGAAGCAGCUGAAUGUCACCAUAGCUCCAUUGUCACACCAACUCAAGCCUAAUUGCACACUCAUUUCACGUUCCAUUGAUUUGUCCCCUGUUCUGCUUGAACACAUGUAUGUUGGAUUCUCUUUUGGUACACAAAAGCUGGUAAGCAAGUGCUAUAUUUUGGCAUGGAGCUUUGCAAUGGAUGGAAAAGUUCCAGAGUUGGACCUUUCACACCUUCCCCUCUAUUCCUCAGGAUUAGAACUCUACGGCGCAACCAAAGGUUUCAAGGAGGAGUUGGGGGAAGGAGGGUUUGGCAGUGUCUACAAAGGUGUGCUUUCCAGGAGCGGAAUCGAGGUUGCAGUUAAGAGAGUAUCGCAUGGUUCAAAGCAAGGGAUGAGGGAGUUUGUGGUGGAAAUAUCAAGCCUGGGGAGGAUGAGGCACAGGAUCGUGGUCCAAUUGCAUGGUUGGUGUAGACGAGGCGAUGACCUGCUCCUGGCUUAUGAAUUCAUGCCAUAUGGGAGUAUAGACAAUUUUCUUUUUGAUGUGAAAGGUAGAAGCCUGAGUUGGGAACAGAGGUUCAAGAUUCUAAAGGGAAUUGCUUCCGGCCUGUUGUAUCUUCAUGAAGAGUGGGAGCAAGUGGUUGCGCACAGAGAUGUUAAAGCAAGUAACGUGUUGUUAGAUGGUGAUCUAAAUGGCAGGUUGGGUGAUUUUGGUCUUUCCAGACUCUAUGAGCAUGGGGCCAACCCCAAGACAACCCAAAUCGUUGGGAGUUUUGGGUACAUGGUGCCGGAGUUCUCCCGCACCUGGAAGUCCAGCACGAGUGCCAAUGUCUACUCUUAUGGUGCUUUGCUUCUAGAGGUGGCCUACGGAAGGAGGCCUAUUGAGCCGGAGAGACAUUGUGAAGAGAUGGUUCUAGUGGAGUUAGUCCACUCUUUGUGGAAGGAUGGACGUAUACUGGACGCCAUGGCAAAAGGCUUGGGAAUAGCUACGUGGUGGAGGAAGUAG